AUGGUUGUAGAAACGGGUUCCUCCACACCCGGCGGGAAGAUCAAUAAUUGCAACUGGAAUGAGUUUGUUUAUUUAUAUUUUAUUUUUGUUUUCCUUCCCAUAGAACCCCGUCUUAGUCCUUCGCUCUAUUCACCGGCUUCACCAAAAAGGACGGAUUCUAACGGCCGUCCUCAAUCGACCGAUUCCGGUGUGUUGGAUCUGUCCAAGCGCCGUGAUUCGUUGGAUGCACGGAAAACACCUUCCCCUGCUUAUCACUGCUUCAGCGAAGUGGGUGGUACACCGCCCCCUAGUAACCAUAGUUCCCCGCAGCAGUGUGACAUGAAUGUGUCCACCAACCAGGAAAACACCAUUCUGCUCAACUACGGUGAACUUGUUCGGGCUCGUCGCUUAUCACCGACCAAAUCACUGCUCCACUUCGAAGAACUCGCCCACCACACACAACCGCAGCUUGGUCCGGCCGUGCAAGCUUUCCAUCGGCAUGGAAUGGGACUGCCAAAGCAAGAGACGGACAUCCUACAGCAGCAUCUACUACAGCAAGCGCACCGAGCAGGUCCACUUCCUUCCUAUCUACUUCCGACGUCGGCCCUCCAGCAUCAUCCUCACCAGCAGCAGACCUCGCCGGCGGCUUUCUCACCCAGCCCGAUACGUCUCCGCGAGCUGGACGCAUUGUCCGAGUCCGGUUCGGAAGGAACGUCCCUCGUCAGUUCGAGUCAGCGCAAGUGCAAGGACGAAGGUGUGAACGCACCCAAGGAUGGUUCAGCUCCCGGCAGCCAGCAGUACCCGAUGGUGGUCGGCCGCGAUGGUAAACUGUCCCGUCCGUUCAAGGCUUAUCCGCGCGAUCCACUUAGCCUGGCGGCCGGUUUCGUUGCCAGCGACACCAUCCUCGAUACAAACUCCGCCGAAAAGUAUAACCUGUUCCGGAAGCGUAUGCUGGAGCAGAUCCACGCCGCCAACGGUGGACAACCGACCGUGUCCAAUCCGAAAAUGCGCCGUCUAGCGAACUCCACCAAAUCCGGUACCUCGUCCUCUAACGCACCGUCCGCCGCCAUGAGCGAUGCAUCCUCUUCCGAAUCGUGCGAUGAAAAACCACCCUCGAACGAGCACUUGCUCAGAAUGGCGGCGUCGAAAGCACACCAGAACCCUACAACGUGCGGCGAGAUGGCGCAAUAUGCCGCCACAACCAAUCAACGACAGCUAGUGACGCCAUCGCGAAAGGAAACAAUCGACACGGCAUGUGACGUCAUUGGUUCGUCUGACGUUUCAGCAUCAUCGAGGGCGGAGCCAAACGCAACCGGUGAAGCAGCAGCACAACAUCAAAGCAGCAGCAGCACAACAUCGGUGAAAGAUUCGGCCUACUACGAGCGGCGCAAGAAAAACAAUGCAGCGGCAAAAAAGUCGCGCGAUCGACGCCGCAUCAAGGAGGACGAAAUAGCGAUUCGGGCCGCAUUUCUCGAGCGGGAAAACAUCGAGCUAAAGUUUGAGCUGGCGGCCGCCCGGAAACAGCUCGCACUGUACGGCGUUACGAGCUCGGUGGCUGCUUCGUAGAGGAAGGCUUUUGGGUGUUGCCGCUGUAAAUAGAGCGUCGGUGUGGUGUGUUGUCGAUAACUACUGUACAGUGAAGUGCUGAAAGCGAUCGACAUGAAGUCGCUUGAUGCGAUCCGUCUGGUUGUGCUUUCGGUGCGUUAGAAUAAGCUGAACGAGCGUGGAGAAGAUAACGAAUCGUUACCCGAUUCGAAUGACUGAUACCUGUAAGCAGUAUUCAUUAGUUGUUAAGGCACAAAAGAACGAUUUUGUAAAUAGAGCACAUUUUGUAUAAAAGAAAAAAACAACAGCAAAUGGUUUCAGUUUAUUUUUAUAUUUCUUUAAUAGUUGCAUUUCACUGUUAUUAUUACUAAGUUAUUGUUAAUUUUUGGAUCGUCUAAGAAAUUGUUUCAUCAUUAUCUUCAUCCGCCAUUUUAUUCCGUGGGAGGCUUUUAACCUGUUUU